CUGUCACCUAGCAACAUUGCUAAUUGUUUAUUAUUUUCACUCGAAUAUUGAUCUAACAAGCAGCACUUGAAAGUUCCUCUCAAAUUCACAUUAUGCUUUUAUUCUUCGGCUUGCAAUCAAUGGAUCUAGACUUCAAUAACGAUUUGGAAAAGCGGAUUUCGGAUGCGUUUUGCGUCUUCGAUCAUCAUGGCGACAAGUUAAUCGAUGUGCGUGAAGUGGGCACCGUGUUGCGUCUCUUGGGCUGUGUGCCCACCGAACAGGAGGUGAAUGAGGUGAUUUCAGCCACAGAGACCGAGGAGACAAGUGGCGUGGUGCAUUUAACUAAGUUUCUGCCACACGUCUCGCAGUUGCUAAUGGAACGCAAAAUGGAACCAGCUGCUCCUGAAAAAAUUCUUGAAGCAUUUAAAAUAUUGGACUUUGAAAACAAAGGAUAUCUGACUAAAGAUAGCUUUGGCAAGCUGAUGAUGGAAGAGGGUGAGCCGUUUACUCAAGAAGAAAUGGAUGAAAUGUGGCCAGUUGCCAUUGAUCCGAUUAGUGGACAUAUUCCAUAUGAACUGUACUUGAAUCAAUUGAUGGUGUAUCUAUAAAUUUGAAGCUUAACACCAUGAAAUUCAGGUCCCAAUAAGAAAUAAAAUAUUGCAAUAAACUACUAAAGGAAAAGUAAUAAAAAAUUUAAAAAAUCAAUCUUAACUACAAUAUGUAUUUAGUGAAUAGUGAUG